AUGUCUCUUGUCCACAUCUCGUCAAGAGAGCAGUUCAGCUCUCUCUUGACCAGCUCUACUAUUGUCGUGACCGACUACUGGUGCGGUCCAUGCAAAGCCAUCGCGCCCAUGUACGAGCAGUUGGCCACCCAGCUGUCUCGACCUAAUCAAAUCACCUUUGCCAAAGUCAACGUCGACCAGCAGCAGGAGAUUGCGCGGAUAUACGGCGUUGUAUCUAUGCCCACGUUCAUAAUGUUCAAACGCGGCCGACCCGUAUCAACCAUCCCAGGCGCCGACCCCAAAAGACUGUCCGAGGCCAUUCAAAAGCUCGCCGCGGAGGCCAACACUAUGGAAUCCGAAUCUGGAGGCGAAUCGAGCAGCGGAAACACAGGGGGUGGCACGACCUGGCUCGGGGCUUCGCUGCCUCGAAACUACGUCGAUGUCACCGAAACAGUAACCCUCAAGGACCUGGACAUGCUGAAUCGGGACAGCGAAAAGGGCAGCGCGAAGAUUCUAUUCGAUAAAUCAAAACCAUCUGCGUUGUCGGGCAGCGGCAACAACAACAACAACAACAAGGGGAAAGAGAAGACGAAGAAGACUGGCGAAGAACAACAGAAAGACUGGGUCGAGAGUGACACCGACGAACAGCUCAUGGUGUACAUCCCAUUCAACUCGACGCUAAAAGUACAUACAUUACACAUCACAUCGCUGCCGCCGACAACAAAUUCUGAAGAAGAAGAUGGAGAGAAUGAAGACGAACUCCCCAUGCGCCCCAAGACGCUUCGUCUCUACGUCAAUAGAGCGACUAUCCUCGGCUUCGAGGAGGCAGAGGAUAUCGACCCCGUUCAAACAGUCAGCAUUGCGCCCGAGGACUGGGACAGCAAGACGGGGACGGCCAAGGUGGAGCUACGGUUUGUGAAAUUCCAAAAGGUGAAUUCGAUGGUUCUUUUCUUUGUGGAUGGCGAUGGCGACGCAGAGAAGAUCCGUGUUGAUCGUAUACGCGUUAUUGGCGAGGCGGGUCAGCAGAGGGAGAUGGGCAAGUUGGAGAAAAUUGGAGAUGAGGCGGGCGAGUGA